AUGUCCUGCAUUAAUGCCAUUCAGCGUUGCGACUCGGCCAUUCUGAUGGCUGAGCGCGCUUCUGCAGCUGCCGCUUGGGAGGCCGAAAAUGUUCGCCCAGUUUCGAAGUUCGCUCAAAGCUUAAUUCAGCUGAACAAUGGAGUCACUGUUCCACCCAGGUGUGUAUUUUCUUUUGAUCCCCACUUUGAUUCUGGUCUCUACACUGGCAACCGCCUUUUACGUUUAGCAUCGGGUUUUUCUAGGUGGCGAAAUGUGUUAAUUUCAUUUCCUCUGAAAAUAAAAUACGAAGGACACCCUUAUUGUGGGUUAGAAGCCAAGCUUAAAUUUGGGAACCUGUUAGACUACCGUUGCAUGUGUUUCCUCUAA